AAGCAGGAACGGAAAUAGUGAAAUAGAGGCCGCCUCGCCGCCGCCUUCCUUCUCCAUCCCCGCCUUUCUUGGUUCGUGUCGAGACAAAAGAAGCGAGAGAGAGGCCUCGAGUCCGAGUGGGACGCGGAUCUAAUGUCCUCUGGUUGAACAUUUUAUCUACCAAAAUGUCAAAAAGGCCAUCUUAUGCCCCUCCACCCACCCCAGCCCCCGCAACCCAAAUGCCCAGCACACCAGGGUUUGUGGGAUACAAUCCAUACAGCCAUCUGGCCUACAACAACUACAGGCUGGGAGGGAACUCGGGCAGCAACAGCCGGGCCACGGUAGGAGAAUCAACUAUUACGUCAUCCGGCAAACAACAGGAAGUGACCAGAAAUGGCUUUAGAGCAUCAUCAGGCAUUACAAUCCCCAAGCCCCCCAAGCCUCCAGAUAAGCCACUCAUGCCAUACAUGAGGUACAGCAGGAAGGUCUGGGACCAAGUGAAGGCGUCCAACCCUGACUUGAAGUUAUGGGAAAUUGGGAAGAUCAUUGGAGGGAUGUGGCGAGACCUCACUGAUGAAGAGAAGCAAGAAUACUUAAAUGAAUAUGAAGCAGAAAAGAUAGAGUACAACGAGUCAAUGAAAGCCUACCAUAAUUCACCUGCUUACCUUGCCUACAUCAAUGCAAAAAGCCGGGCUGAAGCUGCACUGGAAGAGGAAAGCCGGCAAAGGCAAUCUCGUAUGGAGAAAGGUGAACCUUAUAUGAGCAUCCAGCCUGCUGAAGACCCAGAUGAUUAUGAUGAUGGGUUUUCUAUGAAACACACUGCCACAGCUCGUUUCCAGAGAAACCACCGCUUAAUUAGUGAGAUCCUGAGUGAAAGUGUAGUCCCUGAUGUCAGAUCUGUGGUCACCACAGCUAGGAUGCAGGUUCUCAAGCGCCAGGUUCAGUCCUUAAUGGUUCACCAGCGUAAACUAGAAGCAGAACUCUUGCAGAUAGAGGAACGCCAUCAAGACAAGAAGCGGAAGUUUUUGGAGAGCACAGAAUCCUUUAACAAUGAGCUGAAGAGGUUAUGCAGUCUGAAGGUAGAGGUGGACAUGGAGAAGAUUGCUGCAGAAAUUGCUCAGGCAGAGGAACAGGCCCGUAAGCGACAGGAAGAACGGGAGAAAGAAGCAGCAGAGCUAGCAGAACGCAAUCAGAACAGCACAGGGCCUGAAGAAGAGCAAACGGCUAACAAAACAGAGGAGAAGAAAGAAGAAGGACCAACUCCCAUGGAAACAGAAGAACCUCCUCCUGAAGAACCCCUUGAGAGCCAGCAAAAUGGUGAAGGGACAUCCACGCCAGAAGAUAAGGAAAGUGGACAAGAAGGCGUUGAGAGCAUGGCAGAGGAAGGAACAAGUGACAGCAACACUGGCUCAGAAAGCAACAGUGCCACAGUUGAAGAACCCGCGGCUGACCCAGUAGCUCCAGAAGACAUUGAAAAGAAAGAAUAAAUGCAUAGCCUCCCCUUUCCAUGUAUCUCUCUCUUCCUUUUUAAAAAAUUGACAGCACAGGAAAGAAUAAGUUGUAAAUUGCUGUUGGUAUUGUUGUUUUCUACUUUUCCAGCACCAAAAUAAAUAUUGGUCAUUUAUAGUAUUUGAAAUAUUUGUGAUGGCGCUGGAUUCAAAUGUCUAGGGAUGAGCUAAGGCUUCUAAGUGACCAGCUGGCAUGGAACCGGAUCCCAACAUUCAUUCUGCUGCAGUUCAGAAGACCAGCAUCAUAUCUGUCCCAAAGAAACAGCCCUGUUCUUUGGCUUGUUGUCUUUUCUUGUGUUUAUUUCCCUCAGAAAACUCUUAUAGAGCCCCAAAGAAUUCCCUUUUGUAUUAUGUUGAUUUGUUUUGCUUCCUGUUCUCAUCUAGGGGCUAAGAGUUCAGAACUGGUGGUAGAGGUGCAAUUCCCCAAAACUCACACUAAUCCAUAUAAUUUGGGAACUAAUAUUCCGGACUUGAACUCCAAUCUGUUUUUUAAUUUGUGGAAAUCACGAAUUCUUCUCCACAGAAUUAAAUAUGUCAUAUUUUUUUCUAAUAAUUGUUUCCCUGUAUCCAUUAUACUGAAAGCUAAGUUCACUGGUCUAAUGUUUACUUGCCUCCUUUUUCAAAAUCCCUUUGGAAAACUUGGAUUUUAACCAGGACUAUAUCUAUCUAUCUAUCUAUCUAUCUAUCUAUCUACCUAUCUACACAUACACACGUCCAUACAUACAAAUACAGAUACAAUAGUGUCAUGAUAGAAUGUAUUUCACAGAAGAACAGCAUGUAAUAAAGAUAAAUAGGGAUCAAAAUUAGUCGCCAUGUUUUGCUAUUACAAUUACCAUUAGCAUUUUCCAUGCUGCCUUUUCCUCCUCUAUAGGGUCUGUAACAAAAAUUGGAAAAGUUACAUUUUGGACUAGAAGUGGAAACCCCACAAGUCAUGGCUCCUGGUAAAUUAUAGAAGUUGUUGACCAAAAAAAUCCAACUUUCCUGGACUCUAGUCUUUAAACAUAGUAAACUUUAUUAAUUAGCCCUUAGGCCAUAUCACAAUACCAAACCAAAACUAGUCUGUAAAAGAAAAGCUCUCACACUGGAAAUGUUGCCCACCUUCCAUACUUAAAAACAAAUAGUGAUAAUGUAAUAGUGCAAUGGGAAAAACCAAAGGAUUUCAGCUAAAUAUUAUUAAAGGGUCACCAUUUUUUAAAUGCAGCAGCAUUUUCUCUCAUGCAAACUCGAAAAAGACAGAGAAAGCAGUUUCUCUUGAGGCGCAUGACUCCAAGCCAUUUCUGCCAACAUGCAAUUGCAUCCACAGAGUUUCGUUCUGCCUUGGGACUCUUCAAAGCAACAUGUGAUCCUUCUUAGGGUUCCCCCACCCCUGUACUCUUUGAUCUGAAUGACUUGAUUCAAAGGCGUGGUGCAAGAUAAUCCAAGACAGUAGUUUGAAGCUUGUCAAACUGUUCCCCUCCCACAUUCUGCCACAGUUGGAAAGCACCAUGCAAUUUGUUCUUUUCAGACAACCCUUUCAGUUGACACAAGUGCUACAGAUGUCUCGCAUCAUCAUAAAUGUUAUUUGUUUUCUCUUGAAUCUGAAACUGGAAAUUCUGCUUCAGGGUUGCCCUCCACAGACAUCUCAGAAUUCUUUUCUUUAAAAAAAAAAGGUUCCUCUAAGUAAAAACACCAGGUUUUAUGUCUGUCUCCUUAUCUGAUGUUUGCUUACAGAUUUGUCAUGGGUUUUUUGUUAAUGUUUUUUAAAAACUAUUUGGUCUCUUUAUUGGUUUUUGAUGUAAUAAACUAGAAUAUGUUUUAAGAUAAUGAAA